ACGUUAAAUUGAAAGUGAAACUGAAAGUGGGGUCAAGAAAUUGAAGAUGAUUUUAGCAGUUAUAUUAGCUAUUGGCAUUCCAAUAAGUUUGGUUUUAUGGUUAACUAGUGUUGUUUACGCUUUUAUUAGUGGAGAUUACAGUUCCUACAUAGCAGCAUGGAGAUGGCUGGUAGCUAUAUUUGCUUCUUUACUAUUGGCAUGGUAUGGCUUGAGAAAGAAAAGUUUGGACAAAUCUGGUGCAGUAGCAGGUAUUGUAGUUGGUUUCCUGUUGACCAUUAGCAACUUGUGUUUUUUCACUUCACUGUUGACAUUCUUCCUGUUAGCCUCAAAGGCAACUAAAUACAAGUCAUUGGUGAAGAAGAAGUUGGAAGAAGAUUUUAAAGAAGGUGGACAAAGAAACUGGGUACAGGUUAUAUGUAAUGGAGGUAUAGCAUCAAUGUUUGCUAUGAUAUACAUGUUAGAUAAUGGGGUAGGAGAAAUGCCAGUAGAUUUUUCUAAGAGAUAUACACCUUCUUUCUUCUCAAUGGCUGUCUUGGGAGCACUAGCUUGUAGCUGUGGUGAUACUUUUGCAUCAGAGCUUGGGACUGUCUUUAAGUAUAAUACACAACCUAGACUUAUAACAACAUGCAGAAAAGUUCCAAAAGGAACAAAUGGUGGAGUAUCAUUAGUUGGAACUUUUUGCAGUUUGAUUGGAGGAUUAGUGGUGGGUGUGGCCUAUUAUUUGACAUUAAUAUUUUCAUUGUCAGAUGAAUACCUACAGAAAUGUCCACCUCAAUGGCCUAUCAUACUGUUAGGUACUAUAGCAGGAGUUCUAGGAUCCACUAUAGAUUCCUACCUUGGUGCUUUAUUUCAAUAUUCUGGAUACAACAGAGUAACACAUAAGAUUGUAGAAACAGAAGGUAAAAAUGUGGAACAUAUCUGUGGAUGGGCCUUGUUAGAUAAUCAUAGUGUUAACUUAUUAUCAUCAUUAUUCUGUGGAUUAUUGACUCCUAAAGUGGCUUUUUAUUUGUGGUGGUUUUUGUUGUGAUAAACAAUUAUUGUAUGUAACUUCAGUGACUCAAACUAAGUAUUGUUAUCUGGAGAUAACUGAUUUUCUCGCCUGAGUUGGGACGGCCAAAGUGAGAAAAGCAAUCGAGUUGAGAUGACCAAUGAUAAUCUGUUUAUCGCUAUUUUACCUAUGACUAUUUUGUCAAUUUCAUGUCAAUUUCAUUAUCAACGCUAAGUGCUUAUUUAGUUUCUAGCAAUAAUUUUCCAUCUCAAGCGAGUAGCAUGAUAUGAAAAAUUAUCACAAAAAAAGGUGUAAAGGAAAAAUGCACAAGUUACUAAUGAGUAAUACCAACAAUAACUUCAUUUUCCUUUUGAUCUUAAACUUGAUACUUUUCCAGAUCAUGGACAGGAUAAAUAAUACUCAAAAAAUGUUAAGCAAUACAAUCAGCCAUAGGUGUAACAACGUCACAUGUUCAUGUCCAUUUACAUUAAUUAAUCAAUGAAAUCCAUGUGACUUCAUUCAUCCCCAAUCAAAUGCUAUGAAAUCUAUACACAAUGCUUAUAGCCACAAAACACCAUGCCAGAUCAAGUAUAAAUUUGGGGGUAUCACUUUAAUUGUUUUAGAGUUAUGCCCCUUUACAAAUGAAAAAAAUGCUGAAUAUUUUUGUUUCCAUUCUCUUACUUUAGUUUGCCUCAACCAAAUGCACUGACUCUUAUAUACAAUGCUUAUCACCACAAAAUGCAAAUCAAGUUUGAACUUUGGGGUCGUCACUUUAACUGUUCUUAAGAGAAAUGGUCCUUCACAAUGGAAAAAAUGCUGAAUUUUUCGUUUCCAUUCUCUAAAUUUACCGUAGUUUGCAUCAACUUGAUUUUUUGAAACUAAAACAAAGUACUUAUUACCAUAAAACUCAGAUCAAGUACAAAUUUGGGUAGGGUCACUUUUACGUUCAACAGUUAUGUCCCUUUAUAACUUGAUAUGAUAUUCAAGCAAGGGCAUCUUAUGAGUCCAAUGGACACAUUCCCCAUUUAUUUGAUACUGACUUUACCAGCUUGAAUAUAAGCUAAUUUUGAUAGUUUAUUUUUUUUCAGGAUUAUCAAAUCAUUUCUGGUUUGAAUGUUAUUAUUUUGAAUCCAAUAAUUUUAUUUUGAACAAAAAAAAUCAAAAAAUUGAAGAUUCAUUAUUUAGAUUUUACAUGAUUGAUUUUCAUAAGAAAUAUUUUUUGAGUUAUGCUUAAUUUGUACCAGCAUUUAUUUUUAUGCCCCACCUAGUAGAGGGGCAUUAUGUUUUCUGGUCUAUGUCCGUCCGUUCGUCCCUCUUCAGGUUAAAGUUUUUGGUCAAGGUAGUUUUUUGAUAAAGCUGAAGUCCAAUCAAUUUGAAACUUAGUAAAACUUGUUGCUUAUUACAUGAUCUUUCUAAUUUUUAAUCCAAAUUAGACUUUUGACCCCAAUUUCACGGUCCACUGAACAUAGAAAAUGAAAAUGGGAGUUUCAGGUUAAAGUUUUUAGUCAAGGUAGUUUUUUAUGAAGUUGAAGUCCAAUCAAAUUGAAACUGAGUACACAUGUCCCCUAUGGUAUGAUCUUUUUAAUUUUAAAGCCAAAUUAAAUUUUUUACCAAAUUUCACGGUCCAUUGAACAUGCAAAAUGAUAGUGCGAGUGGGGCAUCCGUGUACUUUGAACACAUUCUUGUUUGUUCAAAUUGUUUUAUGAUGCUUCUUUUAAUACCGGUAUCUAUGAUUUGAACCAAACCUUAAUUUCGCUACAAUAAAUAAAGUUGGAAUCAUUUGUCACAUGACUGUAGCUCAUUCAGAUAUUUCAACCUAGCUUUUAAUUACAUUUUGAAUAUUUUACAAGCAUUUUUAUAAAUUUACACAUUUUAUAAAAUGUCAGAAAAUUUUAUUAAUUUUAUAGUAUGCUUGUGGAGAUUGAGGCAUUUUACAAAUUAAAUAUUUUUUAAGGCUUUUAAAAUUAUGCCUUAAAACAAUUUGACAUUUUUACAAAAUGAAAAGUUAAUAAAACUGAGCCUCUCAAAGUAUUUAUAAGAAUUUUAUUCUAUGAUUAAUACUGAAAUCAACAGUAUUUCAAAUAAGAAAUAUAUAAAAAAUACUAAAAAAACCUGUGUUUUUAAAAGAGUUAUCAAAGGUACCAGGAUUUGUUAUUUAAAGAGUUUCAAAGGUACCAGGAUUUGUUAUUGAAAGAGUUAUCAAAGGUACCAGGAUUAUAAUUUAAUAUUUAAAAUGUUUAUUUAAACUGAUAUUAAGUUUGAGUUUAAGCUUGCCAAAGUUAGUUGUGCUUUAUGUCAUUUAUUUUGGUUCUAGAACUGUUUAUGACAUUGUACAAUCUAAUUUCAAAUAUAAAGCUGCAAUUUUAACUAUUUCUGUAUGACAUACAGAGCAAUUAUUGCCAUUACCAAAUGUUUUAGCUUUUUUUGGAACAAAAUAAUGAAGAAAAAAAGAAUAUCGAAAGCUUUAUUGAUUAAUACUUUUGAUUUAAAAAUCUUCAUUAUAUUUGUUGAAGUCAAAGUUUGACAAUAAUAUUAGUUGAACAAGUUUAUAUCUCAGAGACUUGCUUUUUAACAGAACUUGCAUUUUUAUGUUUUUGUAUAGUUAAAUAUUUUGCUGUCACAAAUAAACCUUUUUUAAGCAGAUAAAAGUUAUUUGAUGUGUUUAUAUAUACAGAAGUAUUGAUUUGUUAUUAAUAUUAAAAGGGAGCAGACAUAAUUGCAGAAGAUUAUAAUUAUUUGAUGAUUGAUUUCUAUCGCAGAUUUCCAGCCUUGUUAUAUCUGCUUGUUACAGGAAUUGUUUCAAGAUUUUAUUUGUGUGUUAAGAAAAUGAUAUUUGUUUAUAUACAAAUUUGGGAGUAACAUAAGUUCUAUUAUUUAGAAAUCAGAAUUAGUGGGUAGAGAAG